AUGGUUCGCGGCGGCAGGGGCCGAGGUAUGCCUGGACGAGGUGGAAUGGGUCGUCCGCCCUUCAAUAGGCCCCGAGUUAUGAUGCUAAGGCCUCCUUUCGACCUAAUCCUAGCUGAGCCCGCUUUCCCUAGAUGUAAACCGGCCCCUGAUGAUACAGCCUUAACACAGGCUCUUUUGAAGAGGCAUGCAGAGCUAUGCCCUACACCAGGAGAGCAGGCUGCUGUCUUGAGUCUUGUCACAAAAUUACAGACUGUUCUUGAUAAUUUAGUGGUUGCUCCUGGGGACUUUGCUGCAUGUCAACUGGAGGAAGUGCGACAAGUGGGCUCAUAUAAAAAGGGUACAAUGAUGGCAGGCAAGAAUGUUGCCGAUAUUGUUGUUAUUAUGAAAACUUUACCUACCAAAGAAGCUGUGGAAGGACUAUCCAAUAAGGUGAAUGAGGAAGUAAACAAGCUCAUGCGAGCUGAAGGUCUGGGUAAUGUGUCCAGUGCAUGUCACGAGCGAGGGUUUACGGUCACAGCGGCCAGUAGUGCUGUUCGAGUGUUGGUGACUACGCUGCAUCAUAACUUAAGGAAACUGGAGCCUGAGGUUCAUUUGGAGUAUAAAGUAAUAAGCAGCCAUUUGGCAGCGAUCAGACACAGCCGGUGGUUUGAAGAGAAUGCACAUCAUUCAUCGAUUAAGGUCUUAAUCCGUCUCCUUCGCGACAUGUGCGCUCGCCACUCCGGCCUUGAGCCCCUGACCCCCUGGAUGAUAGAUCUCCUAGCCCACCACUGCAUCAUGAACAACCCUGCACGACAGGUUCUGCCCAUCAAUGUGGCUUUCAGGCGUGCCCUAUCCCUCCUCGCCGGUGGGUUGUUCCUGCCGGGAUGCGCGGGUUUGCCAGACCCGUGCGAGGCGGCUCAUGCCCGGGCCCACACGGCCUUGGAUCUACCGGCGCAAGAUCACGCAGCGGCGACUGCGCAGACCCUCCUCCGCGUGGUCGCUCGUGGGGGUCACCGCUACGUGCUUGGACUGCAAGCGUUCGAAGGUGGAAAGGAUAUAUCUACCGAGAUCACAGUAUGGGACGGCGUCGUGGUAUCGCCCUUGGCCCCUGCGUACCACGAAACGCCGGAGCCAAUGGACACUGACGACAAAGAGGAAGACGGAGCACAAGAUGGCGUUGCUGCAUAA